UAGAGGAUGGAGCAGGAUGCGGUGGACAGGCUGAAGGAAGAGCAGAUCAGGAGGAAAAAGCGAGAAGAACGUCUGGAGAAAAUUCGCCAUAAUGUGCAGUUAAAAUAUGCAGCGAAGAGGAAGAGAUCUGAGGAGGAUGAGACAAAGCGCCUUCUUCAGCUCAGCAAGGAGGUUCUUUCAGAGGGAGCGGGAGAGGAGGUUCUGGAGCAGCUGGAUUGUAAUGAGGAAGAGCUGAUUCUUGCUGAAUAUGAGAGUGAUGAAGAAAAGAAGGCGGUAUCUGGGCUGGAGGAAGACGAUGAUGAUUUGGAAGAGGAGCAUGUGACUAAGAUUUACUACUGCAGCCGCACUCAUUCCCAGCUGUCGCAGUUUGUGCACGAGGUGCAAAAAAGUCCUUUCGGCAAAGACACGCGUCUGGUCUCCUUGGGAUCCAGGCAGAACCUGUGUGUGAAUGAGGAGGUGCGACGCCUGGGGGCUCUCCAGCUCAUCAGUGAUCGCUGCAUGGAGAUGCAAAAGAACAAGCAUGAAAAGAAGAGUGACAAAGAGAUGGAAGGGAAGAAGAGACGUGUGAGUCGCACCGUGUGCCCGUUCUACUCCUACGAGCAGAUGCAGUUUCUCCGCGAUGAGGUUCUAGUGGAAGUGAAGGACAUUGAGCAGUUGGUGGCUUUGGGAAGAGAGACCAAAGCCUGCCCAUACUACGGGAGUCGAUAUGCCAUUCCUGACAGGCUUCUGGUGGUGCUGCCCUAUCAGAUGCUCUUGCAUGAGCCUACCAGGAACGCUGCUGGGAUCAAGUUGAAGGACCAGGUCGUCAUCAUUGAUGAGGCCCACAACCUCAUAGACACCAUCACCUGUAUCCAUAGUGCGGAGGUCAGUGGCUCUCAGCUGUGCUGUGCCCACUCCCAGCUGUUGCAGUACAUGGAGCGAUACAGGAAACGCUUGAAGGCGAAGAACUUGAUGUAUAUUAAGCAGAUCCUAUAUUUGCUGGAGCGGUUUGUGGCUGUGCUGGGAGGCAAUGUGAACCAAAAUCCCAGCUUUCAGGCAGUUUCCCAACCAGGGACAGUGCUAAAAUCCAUCAAUGACUUUCUAUUUCAGAGCCAGAUCGACAAUAUCAACCUCUUCAAGGUUCAGCGUUACUGCGAGAAGAGCCUCAUCAGUAGGAAGCUUUUCGGGUUUGUGGAGCGAUACGGAGGCCCUGCCACAGCUGUGAAGACUGCCAAGGAGAAUCAGAAGUUGGCUGGUUUGCAGAACUUUCUUCUGACCCUCCAGCAGGGAUCUGAUAAGGAGGGUAUUCUCCAGAGCCCUCCCGUGGAGGCUGGGAAUGAGCAGCUCCGAACAGCCUCUCCGCUGAUGCAGAUUGAAGGGUUUCUCUCAGCCCUCACGAAUGCGGACCGAGAUGGCCGAGUCAUUCUCAACAGGCAAGGCACGGUUGGUCAGAGCAGCCUCAAAUUCCUCUUGCUGAAUCCAGCUGUCCACUUUGCCAAGGUGGUGGAAGAAUGCCGUGCUGUAAUCAUUGCCGGGGGCACCAUGCAGCCG